AGAUCUUCAUCAAUUUAAAAGUAAAUGUUCAUCAGAAUUGAAUCCUAUUCUGUGAUUCAAAAAGGAGUCAAAGAAAGAUGGGAUAUGUUACGAUAAAAUAUUCAAAAACAAUUUAGAUACAGAUAUACUGUUACAAUGCACAUGCUAAAUUUACUUUGCUUCCCUUUAAUACAUGAAUACUUUAAACACAUACUGCAUUUUGUCGCACGCACACUUUACACAAUUGUAUUUUACUUCAGAUGACGUUCAAUAAAUGAAAUCGUGAUUGGAGUAAAGAGCUGUUAUAAUGUAUGAAAAGGAUGGCAGCUGUACGAAACUACGUCUGUUUGAUCCUUCAAAUUCGUACAUAAUGAAAUACACGAGUCCUGGUGGAAGUCAUUUAUAGAUACAAUAGAUCAUUCAUGUUUAAGUUUUGAAUGUAUGCUAGUAUUACUAGUACAAAUCGCCCCCUAUUUUAUGAAAUGAAAUUGUAAUUAUCAGAUCAUUGUGCUGUACUGGUGUACCGGAUAAUACUUAAUUGAAAUUAUCAGCAGUAAUAAAAAGAACACAGAAAAAAAAAAUGAAAUUUUCUUUUUAAAAGUGCUGUAGCUGUAGCGGGUUUUUUUUUGUUUUUUUUGUUUUUGUUUUUUGGUCACUAGUUCGAUCUCCAAUUACCGGAUAGCCACCACAAAUAAGCUGACCUUGAAAACAAGUUUACCUGUCGGCUAUUUCAGAUAAGGAACUAGUUUAGCCUGAUGCUGGAUUUUAAAAUGUCAAUUCAGUCUUGCAACUAGAACAGACCAGACCCAAUCUUUCAGAAAGCGGGAUCAAGAAAACCUCGUGACCGCAUAAACGUACAAGAUCUAAUAUCCAUUCCCCGUCUUUGUCGAGUUCCUGAUGGGAUUCUAAUUCAGAACUACUACAUGUAGUUAAUGGUUCCAUUUAGGUGGCGACGUUCUGUUGAAUCUUAUUUGAGGUUUUAACCUACCCGGAUAAGUGAAAGAACAAUGAAUUUGAGCGUUGUUGCGUUAUUUCUCAUUUUUGCACAGUUGGGAUAUGCUGUCAACAGAACAGACAUCGAAAACCUGUACACAGACCUAAUACUGACCGUAGCUAGCUCACAACUGCUGAAGGAUGUCCCUCCGGCUCAAUACACAGUAGUAUCUGGGUCAUUGACACUAUUGUCUAUAAGUGGUUUAGACGAAGUUUCAGGAACGUUUUCUACCAUGGUCAAUUUAGCUUUAUAUUGGCAAGACGAAAGACUUAAAUGGGAUUCUUCGAGUUACGACAAUCUCAGCUCUAUUGUCAUCCCACAGGACCAAGUCUGGACGCCAUCAAUUAUCAUGAGAAAUUCUGCGAAGAAAGUGAAAAAAUUAGGUCUGGAAAACAACGUGGUCACUAUAUCCAGUGACGGAUGGGUAUCCCUGAAUAUUGCUGACUAUCUAGAAACUGUCUGCAAUUUUGAUGUAACACAUUUCCCGUUUGAUCGCCAAAAAUGCGAAAUUUUAUUUUUUCCGUGGAUUUACACCAGUGGCAGUGUUGAUUUCAAGCAAUCGUAUAGCAACGUUGAUUUAACUUUAUACUCGGAAAACGGAAUGUGGAAAAUCUUGAGUACGACAUCAACGGUUAACUACAUAUUGCGGCCUUCUCAAAGUGGUCAAACAUACAGGUUUGCUGAAUUAAAAUAUACGAUUGACAUGGAAAGAAGAUCGUCCUAUUUUGUUCUGACGAUAUUUAUGCCUGUAAUUAUGCUUCUUCUUCUCAAUUCUGUCGUUUUUCUUCUGCCGACGGACAGCGGUGAACGCGUGGGAUAUUCCAUCACGUGCCUGCUAGCGUUGGCAGUCUUCUUGACCUUGACGGCUGACAAUUUACCCAGAACAUCUGAUCCAUUGUCGGUCCUUGCCUGUUUCUUAAUGCUUCUGGUGAUGACAUCCGCCGGUAUUUGUCUAAUGACAAUAUUAAGCGUCUGGUUGCAUCACAAGGAUGAGAAGUCACCGAUGCCGAUAUAUUUGAAGAAGUUCGUAUACCACGUGCUGUGUAGAGGACGAAAAACGCAAAAAGCAGAUGAUAAGAGGGUCAUUGUUACCGUAGAAACACCGAAAAGUACGUCGAAAGUUAAACGUGACUUCAAGGGCACACAAAGCCACGGAACUAAGAAAGUGCAGAUGAACGGAAUUCGACCAACAUCUCUGAGACAGAUCAAAGUUCACAGUGUGGACGAGAAACAACCGAAAGAGAAUAAAAACACGGAUGAUCCGUAUUCCGAUAUUACGUGGAAAAUGUUUGCAGAAUUGUUCAACCUUCUGUGUCUGGUUGUCACACUCUCGUUCACAGGAAUUUUGUUCUUCUUGUAUGUGUUAAUCGCAAGAGGUAAUCUUUGAGAAGAAAUGAUACACUUAUUUUUGAGUUUACAAUCUACGGAGAAAAUAUUUUUCACGUGAAAUUUAAUUUCUGCAGGUACGCGUAGUUACGGAAACCGCUCGUGCCAGGUGAGAAAAAUAUUUUAUCUGUCUGUCUUCAGAGAGAGAUCUGGCGGCCACCGGAUAAGUUUAAGCCGACCGCAACAUAAUUAUAUGGCGACCGCCAGAUAAUUUUGUGUGACCACCACCAGAAACUUAUUUGACGGUCACCGUCAAGUAAAUUAUUUUUCUCACCAGGCACCAAGCGACAUCAGUACUUGAUAUAAAAGCUGUAACUUUCCAAGCCGUGCCUAUAAGAAAAAAGUCCAUACACUUCAUGUCCAAUCUCGCUGUAAACAAGUCCACUGUGUAUCGUUUUAGAACGUCUUGGUUUAUAUACUGGUAUAUUACAAAUAUUCCAUUUAAAAAUAGAGUUAAAAACACAACUCAUAUUAGUUUGAUAGGAUAACUACAUUCAUUGAACAUGCCUUUAUCCAGUCUAUACACCGAACCAGAGAUAUACCGUUAUCUACUAUUUUUCAAUUUUGAUGGAACUAAAUUUCUUAGUCGAAGUUUAUUUUAAGGGCAAAAAAGAUGCAAAAAUCUUGUUCUGCAAUUGCUAUAAUUUACCCUACCUAAUUUUAGAACAAACAAAAUGCAAACUUCUUUAAUUAAGAAUUCCAUGACAGACUUAUCGAAUUUUAAAAAUCAGGCUACUAAAAUAUGCAUUACAUGUAUAUCAUGUACUUGUAGGUGCUUAGGGACAGAGUUGAGAUCAUUGAUAAAUAUACAGUGUAUGUAAAAACAAAUGAUGUUUUGUUUGGAGCUUAAUUAUCAUAUCAUUAUAAUCAUAUGCAAAUUUACCUGAGAUAUACAUGUAGGGCUCACGGCGGGUGUGACCGGUCGACAGGGAAUGCUUACUCCUCCUAGGCACCUGAUCCCACCUCUAGUGUGUCCAGGGGUCCGUGUUCGCCCAACUCUCUAUUUUGCAUUGCUUAUGGGAGUUAUGAGAUUGGUUACUGUUCAUUAUCUUCAUCUUUCAUCAAACUAAAAAACUCCUUGAUAUUCAGUAAAAUAAGAAUUUACGUUUUGUUUUCAGUAUGGUAUUGUUGAAUAAUCUGUUCAGUGUAGAAAUAUCAAAAUUAGUAUUGAUAGAAUAUUUUAUUAACGUUCGUUAUGAAUAUUUAUAUGUAAUACUAGAUGCUUUGAGUGGGAAUGUUAAAGAUUAUGUAAUGAUUUGAAAUUUAUUCAACUCGAAUAUGCACGUGUACUUGUAGGUGCUUAGGGACAGAGUUGAGACCAUUGAUGAAUAUAAAUACAUGUAAAAACAAAUGA